CUACCAAAAAAAAGAAAAGGCUUUGAAACACUUAAAACAACAUGAGUGGUAGAGAUAGUGAACCAUCUGGAUCGAAACCUAUUAUCAUUCAAUCUGAAGGAGCAUUCAAUGCAGGAAUUACGCUUACAGAAUCAAAUUAUGAUGUAUGGUCUCAACUAAUGGAAAUGCAUAUUGCUGAAAGAGAAAAGUUUCCUAGAUUCGGGGAAAAAUAAAACCACCUGCUGAAUCAGAGGAUGGGUAUGAAAAGUGAUAUGCUGAAAACCAAAAGGUGAAAAGAUGGCUGCUAAUGUCUAUGAGUCCAGAGAUUAUGAAGCGAUAUUUACGCUUAUCCACUGCCCAUGAAAUCUGGACUGCUUUAUCAAAAGCUUUCUAUGAUGGCAGUGAUGAGUUGCAGCUCUUCGCCUUAAACCAGAAAGCAUUUGCAGCCAAACAAAAUAGAAGAUCUCUCUCUGAAUAUUAUGGAGAACUAACUGUAAUUUUUCAGGAAUUGGAUCACAGAGACAAAGUGGUCAUGAAGGAUCCUGAUGAUGUGGUUGUGUACAAAAAAUCUAUUGAACGACUACGGGUGCAUAUAUUUUUAGUUGGACUGGAUGAUCACUUUGAGCAGGUUCGCGGAGAAAUCCUACGUCAGGAGUCUACUUCAGGCCUAGAAGAAAGCUAUGCCCUGAUUCGACGAGAGGAGAACCGCCGUGUAACAUUAAAAGGAGACUAUGGAGACUCCGAUGCUGCUGCUAUGGUGAUUCGCAACAAGUCAAAGACAUCUAUUGGCUAUCCAGAUUGGUGGGAUCAGAAUCGAGGAUCACAAAGAAGGAAAGCUAAGAAUUUCCUGAUUUCCGCUGUUGCUGAAACCAAAACAAGUGAGGACAAUGUUGAAUCAACUUCAACAUUAGUAGCAACCACAAGGAAGGUUAAGAAACUUAGACCAUCCUUACAAAAAUCUGUUUUGAUAGCAAAUGGUAAUGAGGUUCCAAUUAUUGGAGAGGGAUCUAUUACUGCCACUAAUUCUUUAAAUUUAGACUCAGUUUUAAUUGUUCCAUCAUUAAAUUACAGCCUUUUAUCUGUUUCCCAAAUAACAUCAGCUUUUUCUUGUAUUGUUAUUUUUUGGCCCAAUUUCUGUUGUUUUAAGGAUAUCCAAAUGAAGCAGACGAUUGGUUGUGGUAUUAGGCGAGGGAAUUUGUACUACUUGGACAUGCAAUCGAAUACUUCUUCCAAGUUGCAUCAUGCAUUUGCAAUGGAUGGUCCAAAGAAGGAAAAAAAUGAAGCAGAAAUCUGGUUACAACAUAGACGACUAGGGCAUGCUUCUUUUGGCUACCUAAAAAAGUUAUUUCCUGGUUUGUUUAACAACAUUGAUGUUUCCACUUUUCGUUGUGAUGUUUGUGAACUUGCCAAGAGUCAUCGAAGCUCUUUUUCAUUAAGUUUUAAUAGAGGUAAUUUACCUUUUAUGAUUGUUCAUUCUGAUGUUUGGGGUCCAUCUAAAAUUUCAACUUUGGGGGGAUCUCGUUAG